AUGAAAGGUAUUUUAGGAAGCGGGGCACACUGAGGCCUGUGUGAUGGAGGGAACAUUAAAAAUAAACCUGCUGUUUAUGGUCCGGAAAGGGCUUUGCAUGGCCCAACCACUCCUGCUUACUCUGUAGUCCAGAGGCUAACACUCCCAGCCCCUUGGAGAGAGGAGAGGAGAAAUUGCACUUGUCUCUUCCUACUACGACUAACUUUGCUGAUAACUACUUUAUUGAGGGAAAAUGUACUUGCUAAGAUUGUGAUAUGUUGCUGUCUCAAGAUGUCUUAAGAUGAAUGCACUAAUUGUAAGUCGCUCUGGGGAAGAGAGUCUGCUAAAUUACUAAAAUGUAAUUGUAAAGUGAGAGGAGAGGAGAGGAGAAGAGAGGGCUGGGGAGAGGAGAGGGAAGAGGCGAGAGGGGGGAAGAGGAAAGCAGGAAGGAGAGAGGGAAGUGGAGGGUGGAGAGGGCCGAGCACUCCACUACCUGUCUGUUAUGAGGCGACACGGCUGAUGGUUCUCCAUGCGUGAAACAACAACGCCUUCCAGGCCCAGUCACGGCCCCCUGGCCCAGGCUCUUACCAUCAGGAAGACAUGAGGUUACCACACUAACAAGAAACUUCGCUGCAAGUCUGGCCUGUGUGUUUCGAGAUGAUUCAAAUAAGAUGCUAAAUAAAAUGCAGGAAUAUGUAGCUGGCUUCUUAGAGAUGAUCUCCUCGAGAAGCUAGUUUCUUAGAGAUUGUCUCUUUGCUAGAGCCAUGCUAGCUAUGUUUCUAAUCUUUACACCUGUAGUUUGUUGUUGUAACCCUGCUCUCCCCUCCUGUAUAUCUGUUGUAGGUCUGUGGUUAGUGUGGGGUUUCCCAGACACACCACAGGUUGAUGCUCACAGCACCUGAGAUAUGAUGAGAGAGGCUGAUGGUUGAGUGUGUGAUUUCCCGAGAGACGAGCAGCACAGAACAGGGAUGAUUGCAUCCAACAGCACCAAGACGAGAGUAGACUAGAUAUAGAGAGCGAUCCUACGAGAUAUCUCGCAGACGAGACGAUGCAGACCUAGUCGCUUACGACCGAUAGAGAGUAGACUGGAAGGACGGAAGGGGUACGAGAGCGAUGGAGAAGGAGAGAUACCAGAUAGAGAGAGAGAGAGAGAGAGAGAAGAAAGAGAGAGAGAGAGAGAGAAAUUCCAAUUGGCUAUACUUAAACUCUUUAACAUUAUCCUUAGCUCUGGCAUCUUCCCCAAUAUGUGGAACCAAGGACUGAACACCCCAAUCCACAAAAGUGGAGACAAAUUUGACCCCAAUAACUACCGUGGGAUAUGUGUCAACAGCAACCUUGGGAAAAUCCUCUGCAUUAUCAUUAACAGCAUACUAGUUCAUUUCCUCAGUGAAAACAAUGUACUGAGCAAAUGUCAAAAAAAAAAAAAAAAAAAAAAAAUGGCUUUUUACCAAAUUACCUUACAACAGACCUCGUAUUCACCCUGCACACUCUAAUUGACAAACAAACAAACCAAAAAAAAGGCAAAGUCUUCUCAUGCUUUGUUGAUUUCAAAAAAGCUUUUGACUCAAUUUGGCAUGAGGGUCUGCUAUAAAAAUUGAUGGAAAGUGGGGUUGGGGGAAAAACAUACGACAUUAUAAAAUCCAUGUACACAAACAACAAGUGUGCGGUUAAAAUUGACAAAAAACACACACAUUUCUUUCCACAGGGCCGUGGGGUGAGACAGGGAUGCAGUUUAAGCCCCACCCACUUCAACAUAUACAUACAGUGGGGAGAACAAGUAUUUGAUACACUGCCGAUUUUGCAGGUUUUCCUACUUACAAAGCAUGUAAAAUGCAAAUGAAUUACUUAAAAAUCAUACAAUGUGAUUUUAUGGAUUUUUGUUUUAGAUUCCGUCUCUCACAGCUGAAGUGUACCUAUGAUAAAAAUUACAGACCUCUACAUGCUUUGUAAGUAGGAAAACCUGCAAAAUCGGCAGUGUAUCAAAUACUUGUUCUCCCCACUGUAUAUCAACGAAUUGGCGAGGGCACUAGAACAGUCUGCAACACCCGGCCUCACCUACUAGAAUCUGAAGUUAAAUGUCUACUGUUUGCUGAUGAUCUUCUGUCACCAACCAAGGAGGGCCUACAGAAGCACCUAGAUCUUCUGCACAGAUUCUGUCAGACCUGGGCCCUGACAGUAAAUCUCAGUAAGACAAAACUAAUUGUGUUCCCAAAAAGGUCCAGUUGCCAGGACCACAAAUACAAAUUCCAUCUAGACACCGUUGCCCUAGAGCACACAAAAAAACGAUACAUACCUCGGCCUAAACAUCAGGGUCACAGGUAACUUCCACAAAGCUGUGAACGAUCUGAGAGACAAGGCAAGAAGGGCCUUCUAUGCCAUCAAAAAUAACAUAACAUUUGACAUACCAAAUUAGGAUCUGGCUAAAAAUAUUUGAAUUAGUUAUUGAAACCAUUGCCCUUUAUGGUUGUGAGGUCGGGGGUCCGCUCACCAACCCAAAAAAAUAAUAAUUAGACCGAUACCCGCUAAUUAUCAAAUUCCAGAAAAGAGCCGUUAAAUUCUAUAACCACUUAAAAGGAAGCGAUUCCCAAACCUUCCAUAACAAAGCCAUCACUUACAGAGAGAUGAACUUGGAGAAGAGUCCCCUAAGUAAGCUGGUCCUGGGGCUCUGUUCACAAACACAAACAGACCCCACAGAGCCCCAGGACAACAACAACAACAACACAAUUAGACCCAACCAAAUCAUGAGAAAACAAAAAGAGAAUUACUUUACACAUUGGAAAGAAUUAACAAAAAAACUGAGCAAACUAGAUUGCUAUUUGGCUCUAAACAGAGAGUACACAGUGGCAGAAUACCUGACUACUGUGACUGACCCAAACUAAAGGAAAGCUUUGACUAUGUACAGACUCAGUGAGCAUAGCCUUGCUAUUGAGAAAGGCCGCCAUAGGCAGACCUGGCUCUCAAGAGAAGACAGGCUAUGUGCACACUGCCCACAAAAUGAGGUGGAAACUGAGCUGCACUUCCUAACCUCCUGCCAAAUGUAUGACCAUAUUAGAGGCACAUAUUUCCCUCAGAUUACAGAGAUCCACAAAGAAUUCGAAAACAAACCCAAUUUUGAUAAACUCCCUUAUCUACUGGGUGAAAAACCACAGUGUGCCAUCACAGCAGCAAGAUGUGUGACCUGUUGCCACAAGAAAAGGGCAACCAGUGAAGAACAAACACCAUUGUAAAUACAACCCAGUUUAUUUAUUUUCCCAUUUGUACUUGAACUAUUUGCACAUUGUUACAACACUGUAUAUAUAUAUAUAUAUAUAUAUAUAUAUAUAUAUAUAUAUAAUAUGACAUUUGAAAUGUCUUUAUUCUUUUGGAACUUCUGAGUGUAAUGUUUACUGUUAAUAUUUAUUGUUAAUUUCACUUUUGUUUACUAUCUACUUCACUUGCUUUGGUAUUGUUAACAUACAUUUCCCAUGCCAAUAAAGCCCUUAAAUUGAAAUUGAAUUGAAAUUGAAUUGAAUUGAAUUGAUCUCUCUCUCUCUCUCUCUCUCUCUCUCUCUCUCUCUCUCUCUCUCUCUCUCUCUGUCGCUCCGAGGCUUGGAGUCCUGGAGGCUUGCUGGGCUUCAACACAGCCUUAUCCCAUGAUGCACUGGGAAUACCUCCAGUAAUCAGAUUAGAGUGGAGGAUGCUGAGAAAAGGCUUCAGAGUCAACCAGUUGACACGGGAACAGAGAGAAUGGGAGGGAAAUUAGACGUGGAGCCUCAGUUCAGAGUAAAUAAGAGAAGUCCAGAGGGGAGGGCUAUAACAUCCACUUCCCCCGACAGGAAAUCCUAAGACCAAUUUAAUCCUUCUAUACCUCCUCCCACCAGGAGACUCUCAGCUGUGGAGCUAGACAUAUCAAACAGCCAUAUAGAGUUAGAGUGAACCUGAGAUACACACCUGGGAGGAGAGAGGGAAGGGUUGGAAAGGGUCUGUCUCUGUAUGUCUGUCUGUCUGUUUAGGUUGUGAGGUGGUCCCUGGGUCCAGGGCUGGGAGAAGGGUGGUUUAGGAUGAAGAGGUCUAUUGUUGAGAGAAGCACUGUGACUCAGCCUCUCCCUUAUAUUAGACAAGGCCUGGACUAGACCAUGUAUGUCUACUGCAGCCAGCCAGGUGUUAGUGAGAAGAAGUGAGACUGGCUAACUACAGAGCAAUCACGGUCUUUUCUCUUUACAGUACAGCCUGCCAACUGCACUUACAGCUGAUGACAGCAUUUAUGAGAAUUCACUGUAGCAACACCAAAACACAACAUAUUACUGCAAAAUUCUGCAGGGCCUGUUCGAAAACGGCAAACCAAGGAUGUGUCCCAAAUGGCAUCCUAUUCCCGAUAUGGCUCUGGUCAGAAGUAGUGUGAGAGAGAGAGGGGGUCAGAGAGAGAGAGAGAGAGAGAGAGGGUCAGAGAGCGGGUCGCAGACAGAGAGAGAGGAAGAGAAAAGAGAGAGAGAGAGAGAGAGAGAGAGAGAGAGAAGAAGAGAGUGGUCAGAGAGCGGUCACAGACAGAAGAGAGCGAGAGAAAGAGAGAGAGAGAGAGAGAGGAGAGAGGAGAGAAGAGAAGAGAGAGAGAGAGAGAGAGAGAGAGAUUUACAGCAGGUCAGGUGACCCUGGCCAGCAGCCCUCCUGGACCAGAGCUGUGAUGCAGAGGUGACCAGGAGACCCAUGGGUCGGCGCACAAUUGGCCCAGCGUCGUCCAGGGUAGGGGAGGGAAUGGCUGGCAGGGAUGUAGCUCAGUUGGUAGAGCAUGGCGUUUGCAACGCCAGGGUUGUGGGUUUGAUUCCCACGGGGGGCCAGUAUGAUAAAAAUGUAUUUAAAAAAAUAAUAAUGUAUGCACUCACUAACUGUAAGUCGCUCUGGAUAAGAGCGUCUGCUAAAUGACUAAAAUGUAAAUGUAAAAUGUCAAUGGGCCCUGGUCAAAAGUAGUGCACUAAAUAAGGAAUAGAGUGCUGUUUGGUCCGCAGCCCAUUUCCUCUGCUGGCUGGUGUUCUGGAACAGAAGGCAGAACGCAGGUGUGACGGAAAGCUGAGUGGGGAGCGAUUGGAAAUGAAAUAAAGAUGGGUGGGGCUGUACCACCACACUAAAACAUACAGUGCUAAGAGUCUGUAAGGGUUCACUAUUCUCUGGACCAGAGCUGCUGUCUCUCUUCUACUGUCUCAGUAUGCCCUCAUGGACCAUACUGCUGCAGUCUGUCUGUCCACAUUUUCUGUUUUAUACAAACCAUGGUCUCUCCUCUCUGACUACCUCCCUCUGGACCAGUGCUUCUCUGUCACAUUCAAAGCAAGCCCAUCACUCCCACUUAAACACUGAGCACAGAGCCAGACAAUGACAUUACAUUUACAUUUACAUUUAAGUCAUUUAGCAGACGCUCUUAUCCAGAGCGACUUACAAAUUGGUGCAUUCACCCUAUAGCCAGUGGGUUAACCACUUUACAAAAAUGUAUUAUUAUUUUGUUUUAUUUUAUUUUUGUUUUAUUUUUUAUUUAUUUAUUUAUUUGACUUACUUUAUUCAUCCUUUCUUUUCUUUUCUUUCUCAAGAUGGAAGGAGUUGGGGUUGGUUGGUGUGAUGGAAUAAGGAGUUGGGGUUGGUUGGUGUGAUGGAAUAUGGAGUUGGGGUUGGUUGGUGUGAUGGAAUAAGGAGUUGGGGUUGGUUGGUGUGAUGGAAUAGGAGUUGGGGUUGGUUGGUGUGAUGGAAUAAGGAGUUGGGGUUGGUUGGUGUGAUGGAAUAAGGAGUUGGGGUUGGUUGAGGCCUGUGUGAUGGAGAAAGUUGGGGUUGGUUGGUGUGAUGGAAUAAGGAGUUGGGGUUGGUUGAGGCCUGUGUGAUGGAGGGAGUUGGGGUUGGAUGGGGCUGUGUGAUGGAAGGAGUUGGGGUUGGUUCAGGCUUGUGUGAUGGAAGGAUUUUGGGUUGGUUGAGGCCAGUGUGAUGGAGGGAGUUGGGGUUGGUUGAGGCCUGUGUGAUGGAGGGAGUUGGGGUUGGUUGGUGUGAUGGAAUAAGGAGUUGGGGUUGGAUGGGGCAUGUGUGAUGGAAUAGGAGUUGGGGUUGGUUGGUGUGAUGCAAUAAGGAGUUGGGGUUGGUUGAGGCCUGUGUGAUGGAGGAAGUUGGGGUUGGUUGGUGUGAUGGAAUAAGGAGUUGGGGUUAGUUGAGGCCUGUAUGAUGGAGGGAGUUGGGGUUGGAUGGGGCUGUGUGAUGGAAGGAGUUGGGGUUGGUUCAGGCUUGUGUGAUGGAAGGAUUUUGGGUUGGUUGAGGCCAGUGUGAUGGAGGGAGUUGGGGUUGGUUGGUGUGAUGGAAUAAGGAGUUGGGGUUGGUUCGGGCCUGUGUGAUGAAGGGAGUUGGGGUUGGUUGAGGCCUGUGUGAUGGAGAGAGUUGGGGUUGGUUGGGGCCUGUGUGAUGGAGGGAGUUGGGGUUGGUUGAGGCCUGUGUGAUGGAGAGAGUUGGGGUUGGUUGAGGCCUGUGUGAUGGAGGGAGUUGGGGUUGGUUGAGGCCUGUGUGAUGGAGGGAGUUGGGGUUGGUUGAGGCCUGUGUGAUGGAAUAAGGAGUUGGGUUUUGUUGGGGCCUGUAGUGUGUUGUGUGUUUUUACAACUUGUGUUUUACAGCUGCUGUUGAACAGCAUUGGGUCCACGGUUCCUGCAGUCGGAGUUAUUAGAUAAGAAACCUAAUAUAAAUCAGAGCAGAGGGGUCUGGCAGGCUGGGGAAAGCAGGGGAGAGGAGAGCCGUGACGCUGGGCGACAAGACUAAUUCUUUCAGUGUGUCAGGGUUGCCGGGAGGUUGCUGAGAGGUUGCCGGGAGUAUAAAGUGAUAUCGGGUGUCCAGCCUCUGGUUCUGUCGCCUAACCUCAAGUUUCCUAUGUUUUCCCCUCUCUCCUCUUCUUCCACGUUCACUUGGCUUACCUCUCUUCUAUCCUCCUCCACGUUCCCUGUUCACCUUUUCUCAUUUUCUUCUCCUUCUCUGUUUCUCCCUCUCCUCUCUUCUCCCCCUCUAACUUCAGUAUGUUUCUUCCUUCUCCUCUUUCACUCAACUUCCCCCUCUCACAGACAUCCCAGAAAGAGGAACAACACUUGCUAGACAAACCAUACACUAAAACUAUGCAUGUGCACUGACAAUACUGUAUAUUGCAACCACCAAGCUGAGAAUGGUGUUCAUUAUAGACAACACUGAUCUCUGCUGGCCAUUAGCUUGAAUGUUAACUGAUCGGGUUUAUAAGUGGAUUUUAUUUAUUAAUUUUUUUGUCAUUUAGCAGACGCUAUUAUCCAGAGCAACAUACAGUUAGUGAGUGCAUACAUUUUUCAUACUGGCCCCCCGUGGGAAUCGAACACACAACCCUGUCGUUGCAAGCGCCAUGCUCUACCAACUGAGCUACAAACCACAAAACAGCUGACUUUAUCCACAUCUGCAUUUUCUGUUUCUCAAAUCAACACAUUUCAGAAUUCAAGUAGAGAAAUGCAAAUAGAGAAAUGGUAGGUUGAAUGUCCAUAUCGUUUUUAUCUGAAGUUCAACUUUGCCCUUAAUUGGCAAGCCUGUUGUCUGCAGUUGUAGCAAUUUGCUUGAAAUAAUAACUGAGCCAAGCCAACUGGUCUUAGACUGCUGUUUUUUAGACUGCUGCUUUAAAUAUAAUGUCAAACCACAGAUGUUCCAUUGACCUCAGCAGCAAAACAUGAUGCUUCAAAAGACAAGGGAUGCGUCCCAAAUGGCACCCAUUUACCAAUAUAGUACUCUACUUUAGGGUGUCAUUGUAGUGCACUUUAUAGGGAAUAAGGUGACAUUUGCAAAGCACACAGGGGCUUCCAAAAUGUCUUGUGUGUGGUUUUGUGACUUUGCAUCCUGUCUUUAGAAAUAAGGACUUCUGGUACUAAUCUGUAUUUUAGGCACUAAAAUUUUAGACACUUGGGUGUCUGAGGUCCUUGAUGAUCUUCUUGGCCUUCCUGUGACACCGGGUGCUGUUGAUGUCCUGGAGGGCAGACAGUGUGCCCCUGGUGAUGCGUUGGGCUGGUGUGUUAGAUACCACCUACAUACACUACCAGUCAAAUGUUUGGACACACCUACUCAUUCAAUGGGGUUUUCUUUAUUUGUACUAUUUUUUUACUAAUAAUAGUGAAGACAUCAAAACUAUGAAAUAACACAUAUGGAAUCAUGUAGUAACCAAAAAAGUGUUAAAAAAAUCUAAAUAUAUUUUAUAUUUGAGAUUCUUCAAAUAGCCACCCUUUGCCUUGAUGACAGCUUUGCACACUCUUGGCAUUCUCUCAACCAGCUUCACCUGGAAUGCUUUCAGUCUUAAAGGAGUUCCCACAUAUGCUGAGCACUUGUUGGCUGCUUUUCCUUCACUCUGCGGUCCGACUCAUCCCAAGCCAUCUCAAUUGAGUUGAGGUCGGGGUAUUCUGGAGGCCAGGUCAUCUGAUACAGCACUCCAUCACUCUCCUUCUUGGUAAAAUAGCCCUUAUACAGCCUGGAGGUGUGUUGGGUCAUUGUCCUGUUGAAAAACAAAUGAUAGUCCCACUAAGCCCAAACCAGAUGGGAUGGCGUAUCGCUGUAGAAUGCUGUGGUAGCCAUGCUGGUUAAGUGUGCCUUGAAUUCUAAAUAAAUCCCAGACAGUGUCACCAACAAAGCACCCCCAAACCAUAACACCUCCUCCUCCAUGCUUUACGGUGGAAAAUACAUGUGCGGAGAUCAUCCAUUCACCCACACUGCUUCUCACAAAGACACGGCGGUUGGAACCAAAAAUCUCCAAAUUUGGACUCCAGACCAAAGGACAAAUUUCCACCAGUCUAAUGUCCAUUGCUCAUGUUUCUUGGCCCAAGCAAGUCUCUUCUUAUUGGUGUCCUUUAAUAGUGGUUUCUUGCAGCAAUUCGACCAUGAAGGCCUGAUUCACAUAGUCUCAAAUCAGACCAUGAAGGCCUGAUUCACAUUCACAUAGUCCCAAAUAAAUGUCUGCAAUUUCUGAGGCUGAUAACUCUAAUGAACUUAUCCUCUGCAGCAGAGGUAACUCUGGGUCUGCCAUUCCUGUGGCUGUCCUCAUGUGAGCCAGUUUCAUCAUAGUGCUUGAUGGUUUUUGCGACUGCACUUGAAGAAACGUUCAAAGUUAUUGAAAUGUUCCGUAUUGACUGACCUUUAUGUCUUAAAGUAAUGAUGGACUGUUGUUUCUCUUUGCUUAUUUGAGCUGUUCUUGCCAUAAUAUGGACUUGGUAUUUUACCAAACAGGGCUAUCUUCUGUAUACCCCCCCUACCUUGUCACAACACAACUGAUUAGCUCAAACGCAUUAAGAAGGAAAGAAAUUCCACAAAUUAACUAUGGUAAGGGUGCUGCUUAAACUACUUCUUAUGAGUUAUGAUUCCCUGCUUAUUUGCAUUCACAAGCAAUGCUUUUAUUUGACAUUUCUGGUCCACAUAUAGUGCCUUGCAAAAGUAUUCAUCCCCCUUGGUGUUUUUCCUAUUUUGUUGCAUUACAAUCUGUAAUUUAAAUUGAUUUUUAUUUGGAUUUAAUGUAAUGGACAUACACAAAAUAGUCCAAAUGGUGAAGUGAAAUGAAAAAAAAAUCUACAAAAUAAAUAACGGAAAAGUGGUGCGUGCAUAUGUAUUCACCCCCUUUGCUAUGAAGCCCCUAAAUAAGAUCUGGUGCAACCAAUUACCCUCAGAAGUCACAUAAUUAGUUAAAUAAAGUCCACCUGUGUGCAAUCUAAGUGUCACAUAAUCUGUCACAUGAUCUCAGUAUAUAUACACCUGUUCUGAAAGGCCCCAAAGUUUGCAACACCACUAAGCAAGGGGCACCAUUUUACAAUUACAUUUUAGUAAUUUAGCAGACGCUCUUAUCCAGAGCGACUUAGUGAGUGCAUACAUUUUCAUACUGGCUACCCGUGGGAAACGAACCCACAACCAAGCAAGCGGCACCAUGAAGACCAAGGAGCUCUCCAAACAGGUCAGGGACAAAGUUGUCGAGAAGUACAGAUCAGGGUUGGGUUAUAAAACAAUAUCUGAAACAUUGAACAUCCCACGGAGCACCGUUAAAUCCAUUAUAAAAAAAAUUGAAAGAAUAUGGCACCACAACAAACCUGCCAAGAGAGGGCUGCCCACCAAAACUCACGGACCAGGCAAGGAGGGAAUUAAUCAGAGAGGCAACAAAGAGACCAAAGAUAACCCUGAAGGAGCUGCAAAGCUCCACAGCGGAGAUUGGAGUAUCUGUCCAUAGGACCACUUUAAGCCGUACUCUCCACAGAGCUGGGCUUUACGGAAGAGUGGCCAGAAAAAAGCCAUUGCUUAAAGAAAAAAAUAAGCAAACACGUUUGGUGUUCGCCAAAAGGCAUGUGGGAGACUCCCCAAACAUAUGGAAGAAGGUACUCUGGUCAGAUGAGACUAAAAUUGAGCUUUUUUCAAGGAAAACACUAUGUCUGGCGCAAACCCAACACCUCUCAUCACCCUGUGAUCACCAUUCCCACAGUGAAGCAUGGUGGUGGCAGCAUUGCUCGUGUUUGUAAGUCGCUCUGGAUAAGAGCGUCUGCUAAAUGAUGUAAAUGUAAAUGUAAUGUUUUUCAUCGGCAGGGACUGGGAAACUGGUCAGAAUUGAAGGAAUGAUGGAUGGCGCUAAAUACAGGGAAAUUGUUGAGGGAAACCUGGUUCAGUCUUCCAGAGAUUUGAGACUGGGACGGAGGUUCACCUUCCAGCAGGACAAUGACCCUAAGCAUACUGCUAAAGCAACACUCAAGUGGUUUAAAUGGAAACAUUUAAAUGUCUUGGAAUGGCCUAGUCAAAGCCAAGACCUCAAUCCAAUUGAGAAUCUGUGGUAUGACUUAAAGAUUGCUGUACACCAGUGGAACCCAUCCAACUUGAAGGAGCUGGAGCAGUUUUGCCUUGAAGAAUGGGCAAAAAUCCCAGUGGCUAGAUGUGCCAAGCUUAUAGAGACAUACCCCAAGAGACUUGCAGCUGUAAUUGCUGCAAAAGUUGAAUAGUUAUGCAUGCUCAAGUGUUCAGUUUCUUUGUCUUAUUUCUUGUUUGUUUCACAAUAAAAAAUAUUUUGCAUCUUCAAAGUGGUAGGCAUGUUGUGUAAAUCAAAUGAUACAAAAAAAACAAAAAUCCAUUUUAAUUCCAAGUUGUAAGGCAACAAAAUAUAAAAAAUGCAAAGGGGGGUGAAUACUUUCGCAAGCCACUUUAAAGCAUUACUGCAUGUAGUGUAUAUUCAAAUGUAGCAUAUUCUGCAGCUGCAUACUAGAAAUCGUAGUCUCUGAGGUUAAUUGUGAUGAUGAUUCCAGUAUGUACAGUAUGUCCUGUGUGUGUGUCAAGGUAAGCUUGAACAGGACGGCAGCAGUCCUACGAGGGAAAGAAGCCAGCUGUCACCACCCCCUGUCAGUGUUCCUGUCACAGCAAACCCGCCAGUGUCCCAGACAACAGGCCCAAAUCACCAAUCACUGUGGUGCUGGACCUCACUGGCUCACCGGAGGUAGUGGUGGCACAGCGCUCAUCUUCUCCCACAGACACAGGUCAUCUUAGUUGAGAAACAGUAAUAGUGAGAUAUCGAUCCACUUAGCCAUCCACUAUAUAGGUCAGUGUUACUGGGGGAUGCCCAGGGGGUGCAUAUUUCCAUUCUAACUCAGCACUAAUAAAACAUAUGAUUCAACAAAUUAAGGGCUUGAUGAUUAUUUUAUUAGUUGAAUACAGUGUGUUCGUGCUGGGCUAGAACAAAAAUGUCGGGAUCUUCUCAGGAAUGGAUUGAGAUAAACUAUCUGUACUGUAGAUGCACUUACUGCAGUGUAAGUCACACUCCCAAUCCCCUAGCUCAGCUCAGGUUUUAAAUUUUUCAAUUCAAUACAAAUGUUGAUACCUCUGUCUCUUCAGUGCCCCCUCCACCAGAGGAGUACAAGCCCAAGUCUCUAGCCUCUCGUCUGUCUGACAAGUUCCAGACCUCCCUCACCUCUGACCAGGAGAAGGAUGAUGACUUCUGUGGUGAAUCCACAACACUUCCAGCCUGA